UCGCCAUAGCUUGUCACAAAGCUGAGCACGCCCGCGCGCACGCAGAGAGAGAGAGAGAGAGAGAGAGAGAGAGAGAGGAGAGAAGAGAGAGAGAGAGAUGCCAAUGGAGCGGUCAGUGUCGUGCGCGGAGAGGGGCACCACGUACGGGGGAGCAGCGGGAGCCGACCUCCGGAGCUACAGCGCCUCCUACGCGCGGCCGCCGUCGUCCAAGGUGAAGCGCGCCAGGAGCGUCAGCUCCUGGUCGCGCCCGGCGCCGCCCGUGCAGCGGAGCGGGAGCACCAGGAGCGUCUCCGCCGCGAACCGCCCCACCCCAGGCCUGAAUCUGCGGAGCUACAGCGCCUCCUACGCGGCAUCCUACAGCCCCUCCGAGGACGGCGCCGCCGGGGCUGGCCAGUUGAAGCGCUCCGGCAGCAUCACGAACUGGUCCUCCGCCAACCGCCGCUCCGUCAACCUCAGGGGGUACACCCCCUCCUUCGCCGCGCUGGACGACACCGCGGCCGCUCCCGCCGCGGUCCCGGCCAGGAAGGCGGCGGCCGGCGGCGGGCCGGACGACGCCGAGCUGCAGCGGAAGAAGCGGCUGGUGGUGUACAAGGUGUACGACGUGGAGGGGAAGGUACGGGACUCGGUGCGGCGCGGCGUCGGCUGGAUCAAGGGCAAGUGCUCCCGCGUCGUGUACGCCUUCUGGUGAUCCGUCUCGCCGCGCGCGCCGUGCGUCCUCUCUGCUCCAUCCAUCAGAGCACUACGUAGUAUGAGUUGAGCUGUUCAUUUCUUGGUGCAUGUUGUUAUCAGUCAUCAAUCAUCACUUGCUCUCUCUCUCUCUCGUCUUGAUCUUCUUGUUCUUGGAGUUAGGAUUAUACUUUUAGGAGAUUUGGUGGCAUGUAGCAUGAGCAGUGCUUCUCUUGGUACUUUGUGAGGCUAGGGGUGGGUCAGUAGGUGGUGGCUGGGUUGUUGGGGUGACAAAAUCCAGGAGAAGCAUUCAGUCUUGUACAUACGAUCUUUCCAGUGUACCUACUUACCAGUACUCUAUCUGGUUAUGUAAUUUAGGUGCUACAUGUACAGAAUAAAAUUUUGUCGAUGUGGGAUGUGUGUAUAUAUAGAGUAAGUACUGCAGAUUAGUUA